AUGCUGCUCACCACUGAGGCGAUGCUGCUCACCACUGAGGCGAUGCUGCUCACCACUGAGGCGAUGCUGCUCACCACUGAGGCGAUGCUGCUCACCACUGAGGCGAUGCUGCUCACCACUGAGGCGAUGCUGCUCACCACUGAGGCGAUGCUGCUCACCACUGAGGCGAUGCUGCUCACCACUGAGGCGAUGCUGCUCACCACUGAGGCGAUGCUGCUCACCACUGAGGCGAUGCUGCUCACGACUGCUGGCGCACCAGAGGAACUUUUUUCCAUAUCUCUUACUAAUCAUUUUCCAUAUCUCGCUUGGCAGCGAGGGGGAGGUAGCGACGGCUCUGGUGGUAUGGCUUUCGCCGCCGCGGCCAACUUGCACACGGCAAGCAGCAAGGCAGAGUGUGCCUGCCUGCCCUCUCGACACCGGCAGCAGAAAGGCCAGGGGGCAACGCUGUUGCUUACCUCGUGCGCUGGCUCACCUCCUUGUCUCCACGUGCUCUCCUGCCCGUCCUUGCAGAGGCACAGGGCUGACGUGACACUGGGGCACCACGCAUGGGCGUGGGGAGGCCAGGAGUCACGGGCGUGUGGCUGCCUCCUACCCGCCCUGCUGACCACGCGCUCGGAGGCAAGGCGCGGAGGCGGCACUUGGGGCGAGGCGGCGGCAAGGAGGCAGCGCUGCGACGAGGCGUCUUCCUCCCACGUGUGCUGGCUUCUCCCCCUGCGUCCAUGGGGUGAGGCGGAGGAACGAGACGGAGCGACUGACGGGCUGGCUGAGGCGAUGCUUGGGUUGAAGGGGAUGCUGUGGCGGGUGGCGACUGGAGGGGCGGAGGCUGCUGCACUGCACCUGUGGGAUGGAUGGGUGGGUGCUGCACUGCACCUGUGGGAUGUCGGCAGUGGGAUGACGCACGGCAGGCACCACUGCUGCCCUGCUGAUCACUGCUCGCCUGCGGAGGAAAGGCAAGGCGAGGAGGGAGAAGUGCCGCUGCUGGCGAGCGCGCGUCCAUGGAGCUUCGACCCCUCCGGAAUACGGCUAAGAAAUCACUCUUCUCUCAAUAUUUUCACGCUCUUGUUUGCACUCGCUCUUUCACUGUUCGCCUUCGCCGUCAUUGCCACUACCUCCUCCUCUCGCCACUCAUUUUCGUAUCGCUGCAUUCUUCACUCCUUCAUUUUCUCUCCUACGUGCGCACAGGCUGUGGGGGAGCGAGCGUGUUGGGAUGACGCACGGCCGGCAUUCACAGGCGUGUGGCUGCCUCCUACCCGCCCUGCUGACCACGCGCUCGGAGGCAAGCCGCUGAGGCAGCGCUGCGACGAGGCGUCUUUCUCCCACGUGUGCUGGCUUCUCCCCCUGCGUCCAUGGGGUGAGGCGGAAGAACGAGAUGGAGAGACUGACGGGCUGGCUGAGGCGAUUACAAGGAGGGGUGCUGUUGAAUGGAGAUUCGGGCCUUCACGUGGAGGGCGAGGGGGCAGCGCGGCGAGGCAGCAGUGGAGGCGUUCUCUGCUAAAUCCCCGCCUUCCUUCCUUCAGGGCUUCACGGGGGCAGCGCGGCGGGGCAGCAGUGGAGGCGUUCUCUGCUAAAUCCCCGCCUUCCUUCCUUCAGGGCUUCACGGGGGCACGCGGCGGGGCAACAGUGGAGGCGUUCUCUGCUAAAUCCCCGCCUUCCUUCCUUCAGGGCUUCACGGGGGGCAGCGCGGCGGGACAGCAGUGGAGGCGCUCUCUGCUAAAUCCCCGCCUUCCUUCCUUCAGGGCUUCACGGGGGGCAGCGCGCGCGGCGGGGCAGCAGUGGAGGCGUUCUCUGCUAAAUCCCCGCCUUCCUUCCUUCAGGGCUUCACGGGGGCAGCGCGGCGGGGCAGCAGUGGAGGCGUUCUCUGCUAAAUCCCCGCCUUCCUUCCUUCAGGGCUUCACAGGGGCACGCGGCGGGGCAGCAGUGGAGGCGUUCUCUGCUAAAUCCCCGCCUUCCUUCCUUCAGGGCUUCACGGGGGGCAGCGCGGCGGGGCAGCAGUGGAGGCGUUCUCUGCUAAAUCCCCGCCUUCCUUCCUUCAGGGCUUCACGGGGCGCGGCGGGGCAACAGUGGAGGCGUUCUCUGCUAAAUCCCCGCCUUCCUUCCUUCAGGGCUUCACGGGGGCAGCGCGGCGGGGCAGCAGUGGAGGCGUUCUCUGCUAAAUCCCCGCCUUCCUUCCUUCAGGGCUUCACGGGGCGCGGCGGGGCAGCAGUGGAGGCGUUCUCUGCUAAAUCCCCGCCUUCCUUCCUUCAGGGCUUCACGGGGGGCAGCGCGGCGGGACAGCAGUGGAGGCGUUCUCUGCUAAAUCCCCGCCUUCCUUCCUUCAGGGCUUCACGGGGGCAGCGCGGCGGGACAGCAGUGGAGGCGUUCUCUGCUAAAUCCCCGCCUUCCUUCCUUCAGGGCUUCACGGGGGCAGCGCGGCGGGGCAGCAGUGGAGGCGUUCUCUGCUAA